AUGACAGCCUUCAAUGUCUCCAAGCAUGUGCAGCAGCAACUGGAGUCCUACUGUUUGGACCAAGCCAACCGUACCAACUGGGAGGAUGGUUUUGUCCUGCUGGGCUUCCCCUCUCUCUCCCGCCCUCUUCAGCUCCUGCUGUGCUGUCUGUUCUCCAUCUGCUAUGCCUUCACCUUGGCGGGGAACCUCUGCAUCGUGUGGGCCGUGCUCCGGGACUCUCGCCUCGCCCGGUUGCCCAUGUACAUCCUGUUGGGGAGCUUCUCUGGGUUGGAAAUGUGCUACGUGACCACCUCGUCACCUCGGAUGCUUUCAGAUCUCAGGUCCCCGUUGCCGGCGGUCAUCUCCUUCCAAGGUUGUUUCCUGCAGUUCUACUUUUUCUUUUCCAUGGGAACCACCGAGAGCUUCCUUCUUGCUGCCAUGGCUUUGGACCGGUAUCUGGCCAUCUGCCACCCACUGCGCUACCCGCUGCUCAUGUCGCCUCAGUUUUGCUAUAUUCUGGCAGCCUCCUGCUGGGUCUGUGGUUUCCUCUGGUUCCUGGUGCCCAUCGUGUUGAUUUCCCAGCUGUGUUUCUGUGGCCCCAAACUCCUAGACCAUUUUCUCUGCGACCCAGGUCCUCUGCUGGCUUCUUCUUGCAGCCCAGCUCCUGGGACCGAGAUGGCCUUCUACAGCCUCAGCUCGAUCGCCAUCUUUGGCCCCUUCCUCUUCAUCGUGGCUUCCUACACCACAGUCUUGCGAGCCGUGAUGAGGCUGCCUUCAGUGGCAAGGAGGAAGAAGGCCUUUUCCACCUGUACCUCCCACAUGGCCGUGGUGAGCCUUUUCUACGGCUCCAUCAUGGCCACCUAUGUCGUCCCCGAAGCUUCUGGUGGCAGCAACAAGAUGGUGACCCUUUUCUAUUCUGUCGUGACCCCCUUGCUCAACCCACUCAUCUACAGCUUGAGGAACCAAGAGAUGAAGGCAGCUCUCAAAAGGACAUUCUUUGGGCCAAAUUAG